AUCCUUGGACACUUUCUUAUAAAUGAAGCUUGGCCAUCGGCUCGCGCCUCAUUUGACGCGCCUCCACCCUCCACGCGCUGACUGGUCGAUCCGCGAAAUCGUUCCGUUCUCUCGCGUUCUCUCCGUUCCGUUCCGUCGACUCGCCUCCUCCCGCGGAUUCGCGCCGAGUCGGGUCACAGUGCGUCCUUUCCGGUCUCUCUCCUGCAGGAUCUCGACCGCGAACUUCGUUGGAGGACACGUACAGCGAAGAUGUUUAGCUCGAUGGUGCAGAAGCUGGCGUUCCUCUACAAGCCCUAUGCGCUGGCCAUGGUGUCGGUCGGCUACGUUCUCGGUGAAUUGGGCCAUUAUCUGAUAGGUAUAACGAGCAAAGCGGUCGCCGAGGACUUGCAUUACGGCGACAUUUCCUGCCAGUUCAACUCGACGACACUGUCAUUGGUCGACCUUCCGGUGCAAUGCGAAGUCGCGAAGAACGUUACCUACUGCCAGUCCCUUGAGCUGAACGGGACUUCCUAUUGUGAAUGGAACUACAACGGCCUCGGCUUGGACUAUCAGAUCUUGGCGGGGCCCAGCUUCAUCGCGGUCUUUACGGUCGCGGGCGUUUUUCUGGGCAUCGCGGCCGAUAAGUACAACAGAGUGAGACUGCUGGCGGUCUGCACUCUGGUGUUCAGCGUCGCGAUCAUUUUGAUGGGAGCGGUGAAGGAGUACUGGCAGCUCGUCAUUCUGCGGAUGGUCCUGGCGGCAGGGGAGGCGGCCUGCAACCCGAUGGCGACCGGUCUACUGUCCGACUGGUUCCCGGAAGAGCAACGGGGCCUAGUUAUGUCCAUUUUUAAUUGGGGUAUUUACGGCGGUUACGGCAUCGCGUUUCCGAUCGGCCGCUACGUGCCGAAGAUAAACAUCUGGGACCUGGGCUGGAGGGCCUGUUAUUACGGAGCCGGUGUGAUCAGCUUGAUCAUCGCCAUUCUCACCGGUCUGACGCUGACCGAACCGGCGAGAAAGACGAUCGGCGAGGAGACGGCCAACGACGGGAAGCAAGUAUCGAUUUGGAAAGUGAUACUGCAACCGCGCAUUAUUCUCUUAUGCCUCGCCGCCAGCAUUAGACAUUGCGGUGGCAUGUGCUUCGCAUACAACUGCGAUCUCUACUAUAGGGACUACUUCCCGGACUACGAUCUGGGCUGGUGGCUGUUCGCCGUCACAAUUGUCAUCGGUGGCAUUGGCAUUGUGGUCGGCGGGAUAGUUAGCGACAAGUUCGUGGCGAAGAUGGGAAUCAAAUCGCGCGUGGCCUGUUUGGCGAUCAGCCAAAUAAUCGCGACGCCGCCUGCGUUCGGCUCGGUAUACUUUAGUCCCCUUUGGGCCAUGAUCACGCUUGGAUUCUCUUACUUCUUCGCCGAGAUGUGGUUCGGAAUAGUGUUCGCCAUCGUAGUGGAGAUCGUGCCAUUGAAUCUGCGCUCCACCACCGUGGGCAUCUUCUUGUUCGUCAUAAACAACAUCGGCGGCAACUUACCCAUACUCGUCGAGCCCACCAGGAUGGCCAUCGGCUUCCGGGAGUCGUUGUAUAUUUUUUACGCCGGCUUUUACGGUAUCAGCUCCAUUAUAUUCUUCUUCACUAUAUUCUUAAUGGACGAACCCGCGGAGGCGGAGCGACAGGUGGACAGGGAAUUGGACACGGAGUUGAACAAGACGGCCCCGCCGGCGUACGACAAUACCAUGUUCACUAACGACGAUGGCCAGGUGCCAACGUUGGAGUUGCCGCCGUUUCCGUCGCGGCCGCCCAUCUAUGAAAUUUCCCGAUUAUGAGACGGCCGGCAGGAAUCGUUCCAAAGAGUAGUUCUGUAAAUAGUGCUUCGAGCCCCGCGCGCGUCUUCCGGCGCGACGCUCGAGAGUCGUGUAGUUUCGAUAACCGGGCGAAUUCCUCUGGCAAUGUCGACCCGUCAGCCGGGGAUUGAUCGAUCGGUUGCUCGAUCGUGGGAAAAUUACCGUUGCAUGUCGCGGAAAUUAACAGCGACGCGUUCGACAAGCGGAUUCUGUCUUCGCUCACGCGCAUCGCCGACUGGCGUCGACGAGUCGUCCAAGUUGUAUUUUUCGCGUCGGGCCGAAGCUUAGGAAAUUGCGCGACUCGCCAAACGACAGUCGCAAAGAUUGAGAAUAAUUGUUCCCUCCGUGCGCGAAACGUUGCGAAAUGUCCGGUGAGAAUCGAAAUUUGAAUUCUACGGAUUCCUAAGCUCGCAAAUCCCGUCGGAUCUGAAGGGCCAUUGGAAGAAUCUCGAGAUAUAACCUUGUUAUUCUAAGCUACUAUUCUAUCUUGACGAGAGGAACAAAUGAUCAUUUACAGUCCUGUCUUUCGCUGCGUGUUGACUCGGAAUUUUAAAUAAGAAGGGAUUUCGCGAUUUCAGCUCGACCCACGGAAGCUUUUUCAAUUGCGAUCCCCGAAAUUUCGCGAUAAAAUUGAUUCACACGCGGGUCGCUGCUCCCGGAAGGCGGAGAAUCUCAAAGAUCGCGCGAGAUCGAGUGAUCGAACUCGGUGCACGUCUCAAACGGCGUCCGUCGGGAAAAGGAGGGUGUCGCGGGUUGGAUUGACGCGCACAGACACAUUGCCGGCGAUUGCGCUCCGCAAAAAAGAACCUUUUAUUGAGAAAGUCACAUAAAUAUUGACGAUUGGUUUUCGGUGUUAUAUCACAUAUCGUAGACAGCCUGUUGGAGUUUACCCGCGACGGGUAAUGCGAAACACGACGAUUGCGCGUAUCACGUUGCACAUUCGCGUUCACGGAUCACUCAGACACGCUGACCGGACGCUCUCUCUCUCUCUACUUACACGUGACACGCGAGCGAUUACGAACUAAGAGUGUGAGAUUCGCCGUCUUCUCUCUUCUAUGUACAGAUUAUUUAAUAUAAAUAAAACGAGUCCACUUUUCCAUUUUGUAAUGUACAAAAAAAAGGGGUAAUCGGGGAACGAUGAUAUGUCCUCCGACGAGGGCGUACACGGACCAACGCGACCUCGACGGGGAACUCUGUCAUGAGAUGCUGCGUAUUCCUAACGUACGACUGCACCGGCGACGAUAUCAGAUUGAUUCCGAAAACUCUCCUGGAACAUCCGUUCGAUUUGUCGAUGUGUCAUAUUCUCGCUCGAAGAAUGUUUCGUUCACGCUACACUGAAAAAUGAAUUUUCUUCGUCCACGUGACAGCGGAUAACCAAACGCGUCCUGGUUGAAGGAAACCGAACUUUUGCUUAUCUGAGAACGAAAUUUGGUUCAUGAGAACUAGAAAUGUUGUUUCCUUCCACCAGAAGAGGAGAAGUAGCUUCGGCCGAGCUCAUUUACUAUAACGCUCGUUCGUCGCUUCGGGGAAAAGAGUUUUCAAUCAACCUGAUACUUGCGUGCGCGCGUACGGUGAAACAAGUGGGGCGCGCAACGAAGUGCGUGUGACGCGCGCGCCACGGACUUGAAUCAUCCACCUGGCGGACGAUGACACGCACAUUAUUAUUAUUAUCGCCGUCAAUUGCGUCAAACGUCCGCGGGCGAGGUGAGACGCGCCGUGGGACGCGCGGCGCGUGGAAUAA